AUGGAGCAAGAAAUUCUGACGCUCCUGGCAGAUACCCAGGCAGCAAAGUCUGAUACCAGAAAGUCAGCAGAGUUACAGCUGAAGAAUUUCUACGCUCAUGAUUCCUUCCCUACCUCGCUCACGGCAAUCGCUUCGCACGACUCGGUCCCCGUGAAUUUGCGCCAGUCCGCCCUCUCCGUCCUGCGCACCUUCAUUUCCUCAUCCUGGUCCCCCACUCUCGACGACUUCAGGGGUCAGAUUUUAAUCAAUGAUGCGAACAAAGCAAAUGUCCGUCAGGCCCUCCUGCUACUUGCGACCAAAGAUACCCCAGAGCGCAAGGUAAAGAAUUCUGCCAGUUAUGCUGUCAGUAAGAUUGCCAGUGCCGAUUUCCCAGACGAGUGGCCCGAGCUGCUCCCCUCGUUGCUGCAUAUUAUCAACGAUGCCGCCAGUUCCGACGGCCAAUUGCACGGUGCGCUGAAGGUCUUGUUGGAUCUGGUGGACACUGGCUUCAGCGAGGAACAGUUCUUCAAUGUUGCCCGCGAUCUCGUCGCUUGUCUCUUCGCCGUCGCAACUUCCGAAUCAAGGCGACCUAUGCUGCGCGCUCUGGCUGUUGCGGUCUUCCGCUCUUGCUUCGACACCCUGGAAAUGGUACUGGAGCAACACAAGGACGCCAUUAAGCAAUUUAUGGAUGAGGUGCUAAGUGGAUGGUCGCCGUUCUUCGAUGUCACUUUGAAAGCACCCCUCCCACAGCCGCCUUCCGAAGAAGAGGAACACAAGCAAGGCGAGAUCGCGUCGCAGUGGCGUGGAGUGGUGGGUUUAAAAUUACAGGUUGUCAAGACUCUGAUGAAAAUUCGCAACGUCUUCCCUGCUUUAUUGACCUCCCAAAGCCCGCUUUUCUUCUCCACCGUCUGGUCUGAACUUACCAACGCCCUCCCGAUUUACCAGAAUUUCUAUAUUGAACACGAGAGACAAGGUCGUUUAGAAGACGGAGAUGGGCUUCCUCACUCGCUCGACUUCCUCGUCUUGGAAGAGCUUGACAUCAUCCAAGCUUUGCUGAAGGCUCCCCCAGUCAAGGCAGAGCUCCAUCAACAAUUACAAAAUGCUGGAGCCAGUGCUAGUACCGCCGGCUGGGUUCCGGAAAUUAUGAAGCUUGCCAGCACCUACGCCCAAAUCACAACAGAAGAGGAGGGUCUUUGGGAGAUCGACGUGAACCUUUUCCUUUCCGAAGAAACCUCUGUCACGGCCAACUACACUCCGCGAACUUGCAGUGGUGAUCUCGCCGUCAAGACCGGCGAAUGGUUGAAGACUAUUGCAGCUGAGGGGCUUCUGAGUUACAUGAACACUAUUUUUGCUGACUCGUCUGUCUCAUGGAAAUCUCGUGAAGCUGCUCUUUUCAUUUUGAACAGCCUGCUUCGUGACUUUGCGGAGGUCGACAUUGAGAUCUCCCCAGAGUUGGUAUCCCAAUUCGCCCAGUUUGUGCAAUAUGCCACCCAGCAGGAGCAAGAGCUUCUCCGUGCCCGGGGCUACCUCGUGGCUGGCUCUUUGUCUCGCGUUUCCGGUGAAGCAUUCGAGCAGACUACUACUUCUUACUUGGAGGCUACUCUGAAAGCAAUCAAUGAUGACCCCGCGGAAGUCGUGCAAGUGGCUUGCAUUCGGGUUCUGCAAGAUCUGGUGCCCGCUUUGCCUACCAAUCUUGCGCGCCCCUUCCAGCCCGCAGUGAUUGCCGCCAUUUCCGAGUUCAUCGCCGCUCACGACUUGCGUGAACAGACGGACGCCGAUGACCUCAAGGUCACCCUAGCCGAAACUCUGCGCGACACCAUUAUGGCCGACUCGUCAGUAGUGCUUUCAUCUACUGCCAUUGAUGUACUGUUCAGCAUCGCGAGCAGCGGUGCCGAGAACUUCCAGCUGACCCUAACCGUUACUGAGGCAUUUGAAGACAUUGUGGACCAAAUCACCGAUCUUGGCCCCGAUUCUUACAUGCGCCUUUGUGAGAAGGUCCUGCCCUCAUUGAUGGGCGCAAUCGACGUGGGUAGUCUCACUGACGAGAACGCCCUGACCAAUUUUGCUGCCGAUCUCCUGCGCGCAUUGGCCGAGCGCAGUCCCGAACCCAUGCCGGCUGGAUUUGUGGAGACCGUGAUGCCCAAGCUGAACCGCCUCUUAUUAGGGUCCGAUGAGGCUGAAUUAAUUCGCCCGGCCACCGAGGCUGUGCGCCACAUGCUCUCUCAUGAUUUCGCCCAGUUCGUCGCCUGGCGGGAUCCCGAGACCGGCAAGGAGGCCCUGGAAGUCGUGCUGAUCAUCAUUGACCGUCUGCUGGGCCCCGCGGUCGACGACAACGCAGCGACCGAGGUCGGUCAAUUGGCCGCCGAGCUGGUCGAGAAGGCCGGCUCAGAGCGUCUCGGACCUUACCUCCCACAGCUCCUCCAGGCUGUGGCUCAACGACUAGCGACCGCCCAACAAGCGCAGUUCAUCCAGAGUCUCAUUCUCGUCUUCGCCCGACUCACUCUUAUUAGCGCCCGCGAGGUCGUCGACUUCCUCGCCCAGGUCAACCUGGGUGGCCAGAGCGGCCUCGCCGUCGUCCUGAGCAAAUGGCUGGAAAAUUCCGUCAAUUUCGCCGGUUACGACGAAAUCAAGCAAAACAUCUUCGCCCUCGCGCGCCUAUAUGAACUCGCGGACCCGCGCGUAGCCGAAGUCCCCGUGAAAGGCGAUCUCAUCAUCCAAGACACCGGUCGUAUUAAGACCCGGUCGCAAGCGCGCAAGAACCCGGACCAAUUCACUACUGUCGCCGCCCCCUUGAAAAUCAUCAAAGUUCUCGUGGAAGAGCUGGGUGCGGCCUCCGGAAACAAAGAGAUGGACGCCGCCGCCGCGGCCCUCGAAGACGCCGAUAGCGACGACGGUGAUGACGAUUGGGAAGACGUGCCAGGCCAGACCCUGGACCUGGGUCUGGGCGCCACCAAGCAGGGGCUGAUGAGCUGGGGCGAGGGCGGGUCGGAGAGUGUCUUUGGUGUCCGCCGACGUGACGAUGAAACGCAGGGAUUCUUGGCAGAUUUCUUCCGGCAGGCGUCCACCCAGCCGGGAUUCCAGGAAUUGUACUCGGCGCUGACACCCGAUGAACAGGGCAAGUUGCAGAGUCUGUAG